AUGGCCAUCUCUUUUCCAUAUACGCGCUACGCGUGUCCCUGCAGCGAAACCUCCCCGCCGGCGUCAAUCCCUGGAAAGCGAUCCUCACAGCUGGCCGAUGAUAGCGACCUAGAAUAUGAAGACACCUUCAACUCGCACGAUCCGCGCGCCAACUUCUCUCUCUACCCACUCGAGAAUCUUCUCUUCUGCGAUGAAUGCAAUGCGAUCCGAUGUCCCAAAUGCUGGCAGGAGGAGCUGAUGUAUUGGUACUGCCCAAAUUGUCUGUUUGAGGUACCAAGCAGCGGAGUUAGAAGUGAUGGCAAUAGGUAAGGUGAGAUGCCAUUCAGGUUUGGGAUAUGGAGAGAGACAACAUCUGACCAGAAUACGGCAGGUGUGUGAGACAUUGUUAUAACUGUCCUCAAUGCGCUGCCAAUCUUUCGAUUACUACGCUGCCCGCUCAAGCGAGCAAAGGAACUCACCUCACGCCGGGGAGCGCAUCGAGAUCCGAGAGCUACAUCUUGAGUUGCCAUUUCUGCGAGUGGAGUUCUCUCGACGUAGGGCUGAAGUUUGACAAGGCAACCAAAAUCACUGAACAGCUGCACAAAAGAUUGGACGAGAGGAAGAACAAGAAGAGACGGUCGGAUAACAAGCAAGGGCAAGAUGACAACAAGGAACGAUCCGAGGAGCACGAUGACGCAAGCUCAGAGGAGCAGGAGCAAGGGAGGGUUAAGGCGGAUCACGACGACGCCUUCAAGAAGUUGCAAAGAUUUUACAACCAGCAGUUGAGCGAGACUACGGAUCAGUCGAGCACGUAUUCGAACAGCCCGUACUCUUCGCCAAACAAUUUAGCUCGAAUCAUGAGCCUUUAUGGAGGGCUCUCCUACAGCGCGCUGAAGAAGACUAGAGAAAAACCUCAGCCGAUGCGAGAAGCUGAGGGACCUCGGGACGGCAUGGCCACCUUCACAGCUGAAGACGGAACAACCGAUGACGAAGAGCUGCUUGAAAGGCUGAAGCUACUUGGACUGGCGGGAACGACAUCGCAGGCGCAGCGUCUCGCAUCGCCUCCCAAUUACAGCGCUCGAACCACCGAGCAGUUACUACCGACCGCGACCCAGUUAGUUGUACGACGAGGCAAGCGAUGCAGAACAUGCCGUAUCUAUCUUGCACGGCCCGAUCAGAGAUCUGGCGGAUUCCGGUACAAGAUUCGUCUACUAUCGCUCAACUACAUACCCAGGCUGGUGCUCCGACCCCUGAAUGUACAAGUACCCCCACCGUCGAUGUCGUUCCAAAUCAGGCCCGGUCCAGUCGAGGAGGUCAAGCUACAGCCUCAUCAUACACAGCAAUACAUUCUCACUGUUCGGAACCCAAUAUUCGAGCCUGUUCAGGUCACGCUUGCAACGCGUGCUACAACGCCUGGCGAAGUGGCUUCUCGUGUUACCAUCCUCUGCCCAUCGUUCACCGUCGGACCCGCCAGCGACAGAUUUGAGGAUGUACUGGCAGACUCCGGUGUCAACAGUGAUGGCAGCCGUAAAGGUGCUCUCGCAUCGCUGACCGGCUCGACGGACCCCGAUCGCCAACCGGAAGCGGGCAAAAUAUGGGAGCGGAGCCGUAACUCCACGUCGGUGAUACUGGAAGUGGUACCUGGUGCCUUGAAGCGCCGAUCAAGCAUUGUCUCAACUUCUGAGUCGGAGUUGACAGAGAAGGAACUGGCAGAGGACGAUGACAUUCUUGAGAUUCCAAUUUACGUGCGUGUAGAGUGGGAGGCAGUACCGCAUGCUGCCGAGGUUAGCGCCAGUCGAGAGAGAAGGCCUCACGAGCUUGCAUAUUGGUGCGUUCUUGGGGUUGGACGCAUCGCAGAAGGAUGA